UCCUGGAGCGUUGAUAGCACGAGCCGCGAAUGCGACUCGGUUCUAGGAGCGGAUGCUGUUGGUGCUUUAGGUGGAUCGUCGUUCGGGGGGCCGGAACGGGGAGAAGGGGGAGGGGAGAGACGAGCGGAGCGAAUGGAAGUGGGUGGACGAGUUGGCAGAAUGGAGGGGGAAGAACGAGUGGAUUCUUGCCGCAUGUGCAGUUUAAGUAGCGGCGUUGGGGUUUUGGAAGGAGAUAAAUGA